AUGAGUUUCACAGCAAACUCAAUUCCUCCGUGGCGUAGCGCCAGAGUUGCCGCCAGGUCCAGCAGCCAGGACUGUCUGGAAAGCCGAAAAAGCAGGUCGACGGAACGGCCGUCCAACAACUCAAGAGUCCGAACCUCGUCCAGCGGGUCUGAGGACUCUUUCACCUCCUUCACCUCUUCCACCACCUCGGCCACCUCCUCCUCGACCUCCGACAACUGGAGGGCACGAAGCAAGUCACCUUCGCUUCCCGCCUCUUCUUCCUUCCCCCUGCCCGCUGCCUACCAACAGCGCCCAAUUCAGGACAUCCUGGAUGAACGAGCUCCCGCAAGUCGCUUGUCGGGAAAGGCCUUCGAUACAGAGGCCUACAAAAUUCUAGAGCUCAGAUUUCGACACUGGCUCUUUGGACAGGCUCUCUCCCUGAGCCGUUUCACAAGCUCCUGGGAGGAUUUCGCUAGCCUAGGUUGGCACGGCCUCCACAAUCAGAAAUUUGGCAUCCUCUUCGACAUUGCCAAGGAGAUCGCCAUUGCCGGCGUCAAGGUGUCGGCCGACAAAUUGAAGCUGCUUGACGACCUGAUCAAGCAGCGAGAAGCCGCUGCCCAUAAGUGGCACGGUUCGGAACGCGGCUCUAACCAGUGGACUACUCACGAACACCACUGGAAGGAGCUCAACCGACUCAAGAACGAGCUGGCCAAUCCAAGUCUCGUCAAGCCCAGCAAGUCGCACGGCGAUAUCAUGAAGGCCGCUUCCUGGAGGUAA